AUGCAACUGGCCCUCUUCAUGUUUAUGAUGACCUUUACAUAUUUGUCUUGCGAGGAACAAUCGGAUUACAUCCCGGAUGUCUAUGAACAGUUGAACUACUUGUCAGAGGAUUGUAAAGAAAAUCUAAUAAAUCAAGCAGAGCAGAAAUGUAUGCUAUCAAUAAGUCACAAGCUUAUACAGUUUAAAGAGUGCCAAUUUAAAUGUGGAAGCACGGGCACAAGCGCUGGUUUGAAGUUAACUAGUAGCCAAACUUUUCGUCUGAAGGAUGGCACCCCUUGCGGUCACAGAAGGGUAUGCAUAAAGGGACAGUGCGUCAACACAUGCCAAAUGACCUUCGUAUAA